UAAAAGCAGAAGAAGAAGAAGAAGAAGAAGAAGACGAAGAAAGACGAAGAAGAAAAUAAGAAUGGGAGGAGGAAACAGAAGCAACAGUAACAGAUGCUGCAGGAUCAGCACCUUACAGGCUUCAAAUCAUAGCACUGGUCCAGAAAGUGGGUGCUGACUUCACUUCCUGUUCGUUUACAUACUCCAGUUCAGCGGCGCGUCCACCUUUUGUGUGUGUGCAAGUUCAGUUUGUGAACGUGACUGUACCUGCUGAGUGAAUUUCUUUCUAGUCUCAUGUGAGUGUGUGUGAGUGUGUGUGUCUGUCGCAUUCCCUCUCAGUCCACCAUGCCCCUCUAUUACUCAAUGCUCCAACUGACUCCAUCGAUGUGCCUGCGCCUCCUCUGCCUGCUGCUGCUCCUCAUUGACUCCUCCUACACAGUAUCCGCGAAGGAACCAGUAUUUGUGUCCACUCCCCUCACCUCAGUCAACACACCACAAGUUAACUGCUCCACUGAAUGUAAUAAUAAUAAUAAUACUGCUGUCGGGCAAGAUUCAAAAGCUAAGGAUUUCUCAACGACCAGAUCCAGUGGGAUGACAACAAACCUGCAACAAAAGACCUCUAUCCCUAACCUAAUCUCCAGUAAGCCUUCAGUUCCUGUCAUAUCAACCAAAUCUACCUUUGUAGAAAAACAAAAAAAAAAAACUGUACUAUCAAAAGUGAACUCUAAAAGCACACAGCAAGUUCAGUCCUCCCCUGACUCAUCGUCUUCCGUUCACCAUACCACUGCUAGCUACGCAUUAAGAAACUCCUUAACAACUCCACUUCCUCCUAAGCAGUCUGCAGCAAGACCACAUUCAUCCACAGCCUCAACAUCUAAUACAUCACCAGAGAGAGUCCGUCAGCCAACGUCAGUUCUUCCUUCUCGCACCACAGGCUUGCCCACUCAGUCUGCACAUACUGGAUCUAUUACUAGCACUGGUACUGUUACGACCCCUGCACAGUCUAGUUUGGAUGCAAACACAGUUGCUGUACCGGUGGCUUCUACAUCCACGACCAAACCACUAUCUACAGUAACAACUGAAACUGCACCAACCUCUAGAACAACCACAGAACCCUCCCACUCUCUCAAGGAAACGGCUAACACAACCACUGCUAUUAGUGCAAACACAGGUAGACAUCAAGUCAUGUCAACAUCAACAUCAGGUGCCACGCAACACUUAAGCACUGGGAUGCCACUGAGUAAGAUCACCUCUUUAACCCCAAAUGCUUCUUCCGUAACUACUACCAGUACUGUUACUUCCACCAAGCAUCUUACCUCUGCAACAAGGGUUGCUAUGGUAGAAGUGGCUGGGGGUGCAUUGACCACUCAGCUUGUGGAUACUUCAUCUUUACUAGCUGUAUUGCUCUUUGGUCUGCUUUUCUUAUUGGUCACUGUGGCUGUGCUUGUCAAACAGGUCUAUGAGAGUUACAGGAGAAAAGACUACACACAGGUUGACUAUUUGAUCAAUGGCAUGUAUACAGACUCUGGGGUGUGAGGGAUGAAGAGCACAACCCCACAAAGCUUGUUAUGAAGUCAGAGACUCUAAGAAGAUGAACUGCACAGUAUCACAGCGGUGUUGUGGGUUCACAGGAUAAACCAUUGCCACUGUUCAACGCCGAUAUCUUUCUUCCAUUUACAGUUCCACUUAAUGCUUUGUUCUUUCCUGGUUCCUUUUUUGGAUAUUUUGAAUGUGAGUUGUGUGGCUUAUCCCAUUUUUUUGCAAACAUUAGGCAAGAUCAUUUCUCGGACUGUUAUGCUUUUCAUGUUUUCAGAAAGUCAAUUUCUUAUGAACUUUUAAUUUGAAUGCAUCUUGCACAGUGUAAUGCUUUUUUGCACAUUGAAAAAUAAACCUAAACCCUAACGUCA